CAUAAAAAUGGCAGCUGUUUUUCAUGACCAAUGCAAUCGACUAGUCUAGAUUCUACAUAGACUUAGAUCUAGAUCUAGAUCUAUUCUAGGUCUAGACCUAGAUUCUAGAUCUAUAAAGAAUCUACAUCACGACGUCCAGAAAAUAAAAAAGAAUACUGAAGCUCAAUAUGGCCAGACACAUUUUUGUAGGCAGUAGAAGCCGUCGCUUUGAUUUGGCUAAUAUCACAGUGGAACCGGUGAUAUUUCUCUACAUGUUUACCAAUUUUCUCUACUUUCCCACACUGCAAUUUUUAAUUUUGCACAAAGUUUGCUUGAGUGAAUUCAGCAAUGAAUUCUGUGAGGCUAUGGAACAAAAUGAAACCUUUAAACAUCAUCAUUUGAAAGAGCUCCAUAAUAUAAGUGCAGAAACAUCAUUUUGGAUUCUUAAAACUAACAUUGCUGUUACUGUACCUUCAUUUUUUGUUGUUAUUCUAUUCCUUGGUUCUCUUGGAGACAAAAUUGGUCGAAAAGUUCCAGUCAUUCUGCCCUGUCUUGGCGCCUUUGUUGCGUACCUGUCUGCACUACUGAAUGCCAGGUUUAUGUCAGCUUCACUUGGCUACAUCCUGAUUGGGCCGGUGAUAAAUGGACUGACUGGGGGCUACAUAGCUUGUCUCAUGUCAGUCUUCAGCUAUGUCGGCCACAUCUCAACACCCACCAGUAAAAUCACCAGAGUGGGCAUUGUCCAGUCUAUGGUGUACUUGUCAGGCACUGUUGGCAUCUUUGUGUCUGGCAUCAUGAUAGAACAGUUGGGCUAUGUGUGGACAUUUUUCUGUGCAUGCCUCAUCAUACUGUUGGCUGUCAUCUACUCCGUUGCUUGGCUAGAGAAUGUUGGGCCCAGCAGUAGUGAAGCCAGUCAAGGGGAAGGCUGCUGUAAGAUGAUGUUCAACUUUGUCAUCCAGUCCUUUCACUGUGUGCUGCAACGCAGAGAGAGAAAGGUUUUCCCGGCUCUUUUACUUUUGAUUGUGGCAAUAGACGUCCUAAUGUUAUGUACAUCAGGGGACAUGGACAUCAACCUGCUGUACCUGAAGGACAAUUUGGACUUCUCUCCACAGCUGUUUGGCUAUCUGAGAGGGUUGGACAACUUCCUGCGUGGCCUGAUCUUACUGACCUUCCUGCCUCUGGUGAGGAAACUGACCAGCAUGAGAGAGCUGCCACUUGUCAUGUUUGGCCUCGUGUCCUACACCAUUGACUUCAUCCUGGUGGGGGCGGCAAGCACCAAGUGGAUGGUUUUUUUAGCUGCUGGUGUGGGAAUGUUUAAAGGGAUUCCAUCUGCUGGGAUUAGAUCAACAGCCUCAACUUUGGUACCUGCUAAUGAACAAGGUCGCUUGUUUGGUGUCAUAGCUGCAUCUGAAAGUGUCAUCUCCCUUGUGGCCAGCCUGUUGUUUAACCAGCUGUACCCUGCCACCCAAGCCAUCUACCCUGGCCUGUGCUACAUGCUUGGAGCUGCCCUGCUCCUGCUUAUAGCUGCUCUCGUGUGUUUUGUCCACAUGGCUUUAGUAAAGCCAGAAGUACUGCCACCCUACCAAGUGAUUGAAGAGGAGCCACACCCUGAUGAUGCUCAGCAAGCUACAAUUAAUUAGUUCAUUACAGUAAUUACAGACAAGAUGACUUACUGCUUGUUGCUCUAGUCAGAAUACUUGGGAUUGUCUGUAUCAACAUGUUGUCUGAUAUACUGCUGUAUCAACAUGUCUGAUAUAUUGCUGUAUCAACAUGUUGUCUGAUAUACUGCAGUAUCAACAUGUUUUCUGAUAUACUGCUGUAUCAUGUCUGAUAUACUGCUGUAUCAACAUGUUGUCUGAUAUACUGCUGUAUCAUGUCUGAUAUACUGCUGUAUCAACAUGUCUGAUAUAUUGCUGUAUCAACAUGUUGUCUGAUAUACUGCUGUAUCAACAUGUCUGAUAUAUUGCUGUAUCAUGUCUGAUAUAUUGCUGUAUCAACAUGUCUGAUAUAUUGCUGUAUCGACAUGUUGUCUGAUAUAUUGCUGUAUCAACAUGUAGUCUGAUAUAUUGCUGUAUCAACAUGUUGUCUGAUAUAUUGCUGUAUCAACAGUUGUCUGAUAUAUUGCUGUAUCAUGUCUGAUAUAUUGCUGUAUCAUGUCUGAUAUAUUGCUGUAUCAACAUGUUGUCUGAUAUAUUGCUGUAUCAACAGUUGUCUGAUAUAUUACUGUAUCAUGUCUGAUAUAUUGCUGUAUCAUGUCUGAUAUAUUGCUGUAUCAACAUGUUGUCUGAUAUAUUGCUGUAUCAACAUGUUGUCUGAUAUAUUGCUGUAUCAACAUGUUGUCUGAUAUAUUGCUGUAUCAACAUGUUGUCUGAUAUAUUGCUGUAUCAACAUGUUGUCUGAUAUAUUGCUGUAUCAACAGUUGUCUGAUAUAUUGCUGUAUCAUGUCUGAUAUAUUGCUGUAUCAUGUCUGAUAUAUUGCUGUAUCAACAUGUUGUCUGAUAUAUUGCUGUAUCAACAGUUGUCUGAUAUAUUACUGUAUCAUGUCUGAUAUAUUGCUGUAUCAUGUCUGAUAUAUUGCUGUAUCAACAUGUUGUCUGAUAUAUUGCUGUAUCAACAUGUUGUCUGAUAUAUUGCUGUAUCAACAUGUUGUCUGAUAUAUUGCUGUAUCAACAUGUUGUCUGAUAUAUUGCUGUAUCAACAGUUGUCUGAUAUAUUGCUGUAUCAUGUCUGAUAUAUUGCUGUAUCAACAUGUUGUCUGAUAUAUUGCUGUAUCAACAUGUCUGAUAUAUUGCUAUAUCAACAUGUUGUCUGAUAUAUUGCUGUAUCAACAUGUUUUCUGAUAUAUUGCUGUAUCGUGUCUGAUAUAUUGCUGUAUCAACAUGUCUGAUAUAUUGCUGUAUCAACAUGUUGUCUGAUAUAUUGCUGUAUCGUGUCUGAUAUAUUGCUGUAUCGUGUCUGAUAUAUUGCUGUAUCAACAUGUUGUCUGAUAUACUGCUGUAUCAACAUGUUGUCUGAUAUAUUGCUGUAUCAACAUGUCUGAUAUAUUGCUGUAUCAACAUGUUGUCUGAUAUAUUGCCGUAUCAACAUGUUGUCUGAUAUACUGCUGUAUCAACAUGUUGUCUGAUAUACUGCUGUAUCAACAUGUCUGAUAUAUUGCUGUAUCAACAUGUUGUCUGAUAUAUUGCUGUAUCAACAUGUCUGAUAUAUUGCUGUAUCAACAUGUUGUCUGAUAUAUUGUAAUGUAGCUACUGUUACAUGAUAAGUUUGUACUUCUUAAUACAUCAAUCUUGGUUACAUCAUUACAUCUUUCUUACACCAUUCACAUGUAACUGCUUACAUUUAUUACACCAUUCACAUUCAGCUGCUUACAUUUCUUACACCAUACAUUCCUUCUAAAGCCAUAAAGAACUAAAAAUAAAGAACUAAAAACCGGC